AUGGCACCAGCACCUCCGGGGUCACAGAUCGCCCCACUACCAACCAAUCUUCCGUUUCGCAUAGUAUCAAGAACCAUAGGCCAAGGCGCAUAUGCCUCAAUACGAAAAGCAACGCCCCUCAAUGCCCCCAAACCCGUCAUCGCCAUCAAAUUCGUCAACAAGGAACAUGCCUUCAAGCAAGGUCGUCUUUCACCUAAGCAGCUUGCCAUGGAAAUCACCCUACACAAAUAUCUCGGGAAACACCAGAACAUAAUACAUUGCCUGGGGAAUGGCGAGGAUCCCCUGUGGACGUGGAUCGCCAUGGAGCUUGCUGAAGGCGGAGAUCUCUUCGACAAGAUUGAGGCAGACGAGGGCGUUGGGGAGGAUGUGGCACACUUUUACUUCACGCAGCUGAUAGGGGCAGUCAGUUUUAUGCACUCGAAGGGUGUAGCACAUCGGGAUAUAAAGCCAGAAAACGUCUUGUUGUCUGGUGAAGGUGACCUCAAGCUUGCGGAUUUCGGGCUAGCAGCUCUAUUCAGAAGAGACGGAAAGACUCGAGUCUGCAACACCGUGUGUGGCAGUCCUCCCUAUAUCGCCCCCGAGAUCCUCAGUGGAAGACACAGCAAACGACCGGACGUCCUGGACACUGGUUACGUCGCCAACAUAUCUGAUAUCUGGUCCUGUGGAGUUGUGCUCUUCGUGCUCCUUGUAGGCAACACUCCCUGGGACGAGCCCACCCGCCGUAGCGAAGAGUUCAAAGAAUACGUCGACACCAACGGCCGCACAACUGACGAACUCUGGACCAAACUCCCCCAAGAUAUCAUCUCCCUCCUCCGCGGCAUGCUCAAACUGGACCCAGCGACCCGCUUCACCCUUGACGAAAUCCGCACACACCCAUGGUUCACACGGCCAAACCCCUUCCUGAACCCCUCCGGCAAAGCCUCCAACCCGGUCGGCCUCGCAACCCAAAUGCUCUCAUCCCUCCGCAUCGACUUCAACACCGACCCCACCCCCUCCCAACGCGCCGCCGCCUCAGACGCCGACGCAAUGGACCUCGACAUAACCCCAGAAACCUUCCCAACCCGCUCCCACGCCGUCCCGCUUUCCGCCACCCAGCCCGAAACCCCCAUCGCCGACACCCCCUUCGACUGGGAACGCCCGCCCCGCCUCCCUAUCUACGACGGCAUCUCCGCCUCGCAGCCCGUCGGCGCUGGCGCCUCCCUCGCGCCCGUGUCCCAAGAGACGCUCGACCGCCUCUCCGAAGACCCCUGCCUCUCCCAAUUCACGCAAACGCCCUCCGUGCCCCUCUCCCUCACCCAGGCCGCCCGCAAGUUCGCCGACAUCCUGCCCACGCACUCGCUCGCGCGUUUUCUAUCGCCACUACCCUUCUCGCUUCUGCUGCCUCUGCUGGCGGAGGCGUUGCAUCGGCUCGGCGUGCCGCUGCCGCCGUUCAGCGCGGAGCAGAUGCAGGAGUGGGAGCGCGAGCAGGAGGCGUGGGUGCGGGUGAAGACGGUGGAUGGGCGCAAGCAGGGGCUGAAUGGGCACGUGGUUGUGGAGCGGUUUGGCCGGGAGAUGCUGGAGGUGCGGUUUGUCAAGGCGAGUGGGGAUCCGCUGGAGUGGAGGAGGUUCUUUAAGAAGGUGGUUGUGCUGUGUCGUGAGGGGGUUUUGGUGCCGAGUUCGUAG